UCUUAGUAUUCUUGUAUUUGUAAGAGACCCUCAGCUUUUUUACCAGUACUAUGAUUGGCUUUGUAGUUUUUUUAAUGCUCUUUAAAAAUUUUAAUUAUGUUGAAUAACACUAAAACUUAAGCCAACUUCUACCACAGUUCAUCAUACUCUGGGGUAAAAAUUCUCGUGUAUUCUGAAAACGCAUUGGUUUAGUAAUAAGUUUUUGGUCAAUUUGCCAUGAUUUCUUAAUGAGCAUCCAAAAUGGCUUCUGGUCUGUACAGAUACAUUUCCUGCAGAUAUAAUCAUCGUAAAUCGUUAAUUUUUAUUAAUACUAGCUGACCCAGCCAAGUGUUCCUGUAGCUCAGUAGUUAUAAUAGAUUGAAUUAAUAUUUUGCUCAUCAUUUUAAUACAAUCAAAUUAAUAUUUUUAAUAACGCUGGAAAUAGUCCAGCUGUUUUUAAAUUGUAUGGGAUGGUGAAGAAUGGGCGUGUUUGGUCGAAAAAAAUGGCAUCAGUGAAACCUUGUGGGUGCAAGGGGAUAAGAACAUGCUUGUUAUGUGAGGAAGAAGAGUCAAUUCAAAACUAUAUUGAACAGGAUUCAGAAGUUUUUACUUUCUGCUCAAAAUGUGAACUGUGCUGGCCUAAUUGUCCUUCUGUAGACAAUCCACCUGUUUAUUUGGGAAAAUUUAAACUGUAUGAAGAGUUUUUAAGCAUUGAAGAAGAAGAACGUAUUGUUUGUGCAAUAGAUGAAAUUCCGUGGAUGCUUUCCCAAUCUGGUAGAAAAAAGCAGGAUUUUGGACCAAAAGUAAAUUUUAAAAAGAAGAAAGGAAAAGUUGGUGAUUUUAGGGGAUUUCCGUACUUUUCCAGGCUGAUUGUAGAUAGAAUGCAACUCCUACCUGAACUUGUUGAUUUUCAGCCCAUUGAACUUUGUAAUUUGGAAUAUUCUCCAGAGAGGGGUUCAGCAAUAGAUCCACACAUAGAUGAUUCUUGGAUUUGGGGAGAGAGAUUAGUAACUGUUAAUCUGGUGUCAAAUACUGUUCUUACGCUUACGCCUGCAAAUUCUAAGUUCUGCAAAUGUGAUUUAGAAUUAAAGCAUCACUAUCUAUAUGAAGACAUACUCAAUUCUAAAAUGGAUACCAUCUCUAUUAACACAUCAGAAAACUUUCCUACAAAUCCAAAUAAAAUAACAUUUUGUGAAUACAUGAAAACUCAUAUGUUAGGGUCUAAUGACUCCAUAAUCAGUUCUAAGUUUCAGAUUCAGGCUAUGUGUAAUAAUUUUCGAUGUACUGAGAAAAAAACAACACCUUCUAUCUGUAUUAAUCUUCCACCUCGCUCGUUAUUAGUACUUGCUGGUUGUGCGAGGCACAAUUGGUAUCAUGAAAUUAAAAGACAAGAUAUCAAAUCACGUAGAUUAGCAAUGACUUUUCGAGAACUUGCAAAUGAUUUUAUUACUAAUGAUGUUGAAUCCAAAUUUGCAAAAGAACUGUUGAACAUUUCUAAGAUAUUCUGUAAUUUUAGUUGAUAUAACUGUAUUCUUACAGAAAAUACAAUAAAAUGCUGUU